AAAUUAAAAAAAUUACUUCUGAGACCUGGUGAUGGUUCAGUGGAUAAAAGAGCUUGCCCUGAGAACAAGAAGACCUGAAUUCGAAUUGCCAGUACCCACCACACCAUCACCACUAUUCCUUCUUCCUUCUACAUACUUCUCUUAAAAGGCAAUCAACGUACAGCCUUCCAGGGCCCAGAUUGCCGGCAAGAACCUUCUGCUAAGCGGUACCCCCAGCUUCGGGUUCUGCUAUUGGAAUUCAUGCAGUAAACUGACAACUCCCAGUUGGGAAAAUAAAUAGAAGUUCCAAAGUAUCUCUUGAAGUUGAGUGAGGAAGGACAAGUUGAGGAUGUCAAGAACUGCAUGUUCCUCCAUAGCUUUAUGGAUGCAGUGUUUUCUAAAAGCCUAGGAGAGAACUUGAAGCUUAGCAUGGAAUAUCCCCAGAGACUGUGGAAUGACUGAUGACUCAACCUCCAGGUCAAAGGAGGCUAUAUAUGAGAGACACCCUUUGACUGGAGAUACAAAAAAGGAGUCAACUUUCAAACUAUCCAUUCCAGAAAACACUAACUGCUCAGAUGUUUGAAGGCCCAUAACCAAGGUGUAGACUAAGAAGGGAGUCAUGCUUCACUCGGCCGUACCAUGCUGGCAGCCAUUCCUGGGUCUGGCUAUGGUGUUACUCUUCAUGGGAUCCACCAUCGGCUGUCCUGCUCGCUGUGAGUGCUCUGCCCAGAAUAAAUCUGUUAGCUGCCACAGAAGACGUUUGAUUGCCAUCCCAGAAGGUAUUCCCAUUGAAACUAAAAUCUUGGACCUCAGCAAAAACAGGUUAAAAAGCAUAAACCCUGAAGAAUUCAUAUCAUAUCCUCUCUUGGAGGAGAUAGACUUGAGUGACAACAUCAUCACCAAUGUGGAGCCUGGAGCAUUUAACAACCUCUUUAAUCUGCGUUCCCUCCGUCUGAAAGGCAAUCGCCUUAAGUUGGUACCGUUGGGCGUAUUCACUGGACUGUCCAACCUCACCAAGCUUGACAUUAGUGAGAAUAAGAUUGUCAUUUUGCUGGACUACAUGUUCCAGGAUCUACAUAACCUGAAGUCUCUAGAAGUGGGGGACAAUGAUUUGGUUUAUAUAUCACACAGGGCCUUCAGCGGACUACUUAGCUUGGAACAGCUCACCCUGGAGAAGUGCAAUUUAACAGCAGUACCAACAGAAGCCCUUUCCCAUCUCCGCAGCCUCAUCACCCUGCAUCUGAAGCAUCUUAAUAUUAACAAUAUGCCUGUGUAUGCCUUUAAAAGAUUGUUCCACCUGAAACACCUAGAGAUUGACUAUUGGCCUUUGCUAGACAUGAUGCCAGCCAAUAGCCUCUAUGGUCUCAACCUCACAUCCCUUUCCAUCACUAACACCAACCUGUCCACUGUCCCCUUCCUUGCCUUUAAACACUUGGUCUACCUGACCAACCUUAACCUCUCCUACAAUCCCAUCAGCACUAUUGAAGCAGGCAUGUUCUCUGACCUGAUCCGCCUACAGGAACUUCAUAUAGUGGGGGCCCAGCUCCGCACCAUUGAGCCUCACUCCUUCCAAGGGCUCCGCUUCCUCCGUGUGCUCAAUGUGUCUCAGAACCUGCUGGAAACAUUGGAAGAGAACGUCUUCUCCUCCCCUAGGGCUUUGGAGGUCCUGAGCAUUAACAACAACCCACUAGCCUGUGACUGCCGACUCCUCUGGCUCCUACAACGACAGCCCACCCUACAGUUUGGGGGCCAGCAGCCCAUGUGUGCCGGGCCAGACACCAUCCGUGAGAGGUCAUUUAAGGAUUUCCAUAGCACUGCACUUUCUUUUUAUUUUACCUGCAAAAAGCCCAAAAUCCGUGAAAAGAAGUUACAGCAUCUACUAGUGGAUGAGGGACAGACAGUUCAGCUGGAGUGCAAUGCCGAUGGAGACCCACAGCCAGUGAUUUCUUGGGUGACACCCCGAAGGCGUUUUAUCACUGCCAAGUCCAAUGGAAGGGCCACUGUGUUGGGUGAUGGCACCUUGGAAAUCCGUUUUGCCCAGGAUCAAGACAGUGGCAUGUAUGUUUGCAUUGCUAGCAAUGCUGCCGGGAAUGACAGCUUCACCGCCUCUCUCACUGUAAAGGGAUUCACUUCAGACCGCUUCCUUUACGCAAACAGGACCCCUAUGUACAUGACCGACUCCAAUGACACCGUUUCCAAUGGCACUAAUGCCAAUACUUUUUCCCUGGACCUUAAAACAAUACUGGUAUCUACAGCCAUGGGCUGUUUCACAUUCCUGGGUGUGGUUUUAUUUUGUUUUCUCCUUCUUUUUGUGUGGAGCCGAGGGAAAGGCAAACACAAAAACAGCAUUGACCUUGAGUAUGUGCCCCGAAAAAACAAUGGUGCUGUUGUGGAAGGGGAGGUGGCUGGACCCAGGAGGUUCAACAUGAAAAUGAUAUAAGGGCCCACCACACACACUACUGUCCCUGUCACUGGUGGUUAUGAGUAAGACGUCUGACAUAGUGAAUCACAAGGUCAUUAGGCAGCUUCCUGUGGUUGUCCCUGUGUCAAAGCAGGGUCCAUGGAAGCAGGAAGACUUCUCAUGGAGACUGGCCCAUUAGAGGCAGGCAGGCUUGUGUCAGAGCCCUUCACACAGUGGGAUUCUAAUUGUUUGCAUUGCAAAUAUUGGCAUUCUGGGGAUCUCAGUAAUGAACCUGAACUUUUGGCUCAUGCUGAUGGACAAGAAUUCAACAUUUUCUACCACUGCAAAAACAAAAGAAAAAAAUAAAAAGAACAACCUACAGUGUAGGAUUUACACAUUUAAAAGACACAUUUGUCUAAAAACAUACUCUACAGUAAAAUUUGUAUUUAUUAUUAUCAUUUGUUAAAACCUUGCAUCAUACAAUACUGUUGGUUCAGCACCAAAAAGAAAUCAAUAUAUUCUUUUUUUUGAAACAUAUAUGCUGUAUAUGUUUUAAAGCAAUAUGAAUGAGAGGUUGUGCUUUUAGUUACUCACCAGUAUAGAUCCAAGUGUUAUUUCACCUUCCUUUUAACCACCGAUAAACCUGAGAUUAGAUCCCUGAGGUAACAGGCAGAGAUGUGUUGAGAUGUGUAUGUCUGUUGUAGGAUGCCAAGAAACAGGACCCAAGUCAAAACUGCUCAACUCUGUUAAAUUCUGUUACUAUAAAUAAAGGCAUGUGCCUAGUUUUGAUACAGAAUGGAAUAUUUUUUAUACAUACACUACCAACCUGGACCAGUUUACUGUAACAGAAGCCUUUGGGUUUCUCCAGAAGGUGGUAUAUCGCUAGAUGUACCUGUAAAAUGCAAGGUAGGUGUCAUUCAUAAAAGUCAUCCAUUUAGCUGGCCCUUAGUUCUACUCUCACUAGUCACUGCUCAUGGGUUAAUGACAAAUGGAAAAGGGAGUAAUGAUUAUGUAUAAUUAUUUGGCAAUGUUCAUCGGUAGCUGAUAUCAAAAAUUCUGUUGUCCAAAAGCUCUCGGAAUAAGGAGUUUUCAGAAGUCAAUAAAAAGCAGGGUGAUCUAAGCACAUCACAACAGCAGUGCAGUCAAUGAUCUUUUUCAAAUCAAAGCUGUCUGCCUGAUGUCUACAAGUCAAAGGGAACACACAGAACGUGACACACCCAAUUCCUCAACUCAAGUGCUGCAUACAUAGUAUGACCACAAUUAGGCGAUCAGGAUGUUUCCCUGCUUCCUAACCAAGGCUUUUAGUUUCUUAUUGAAAAUGUGUUGCAUAGAUAAGAGGAAUCUGUUUUGUGUAAAGUAGUGAAAAAAAAAAAAAAACCUGUGCAGAUUUAAAACUAUGAUUUUGUUCUUUCACUGGGGACAAACUAAGGUUAUAGUUCAACAAAUACAUACUGUUGUGCUGAUUCCUUCACUUUCUUGACCUGAGCAUAUUUGUCUAAUUUAGUUGAUGUUACCACUCCAAAAAAAAAAUAGUAUUAAUAUCAUUGGUGACCUCGUUUAAGGAAGCAUAAUUCCAUUUGGCUGAGUCUGGAAAAGCUUUCAAAAUGUAUAUUCACAUGCCCUGAAAAACUACUGGAUGCAGAUUGUGUCCUGAAAUGAUAUGUAUUUAAUCAGCAUACACAAACUUUCUACAUUUUUUUCCAUUUUGAGAAGAUCUGGAGAAAGUUCCUUUGGGAUACUUUAUGAGAUAUGUAGAAGGAUUCUGGGAUUGCCUUCUUUAGUGUUAUGGGUAUGACUCUCAAAGACAUAAGUUCUUUAAAAGUUUGAAAAUACAAAGAACUUUAAAAACUUUAUUAAAUUGACCUCAAUUUCUAAAAGGUUCACAGAUUAUUUUGCAGACUAGGCAGACAAUAUGUAUAUAUAUACCUAUUUCUCCUUUACUGGGGGUAGGAACUGAGAUUUUAAAAAAAUUGUUUUUUUAAAUUGCCUGUUUUAGUUACACUUCAUUUAGCAAUCCUGAUGAUUAUCACAAAUAUUUGAGAAAUCAAUUUUCCAUUUAUGGACUUAUUCAUAUCUAAGAAUUUGUGUCACCUAUGUCAAAGUCUAUCAAAGUUUCAACUCCUAAAACAUUAAAGGCUAUGUUCUUACAGUGAAAAUUGAAAUAUAGUCUUCUAAAAGAGAAUCUAUUUCCUUUUAAUUUUGAAACACCUUAAACAGUUUGUACUUGGCAAAUUAUGUGUGCAUGUAUAUGAGAGAGAGAGAGAAAGAAAGAGAGGGGAUGAGCAAUUGAUUAAAAAAAAGGGUUUGUUAUCUAUUUUCAGUCAAAAAUUAUAAAAGUUGAUCAAAAAGCUCUUGAGGAAAAUGAGAUUGGAUUCAAGUUAAAAGAUAAAACAUUUAGUUCAAAGAUUUACAUGUUAUUCUAUUAAGAGAAGACAGAUUAAAUUCUCUGGGGGCUUUGUUCUCUGAUACACAGAAUAGUUAAGAUAUUACAAAACAAUCUUCCAAAAUGAAGAGCCACUAACUCAUAAAUAGAACAAAUGGUGCAUUCCAUAGCCACCACUUAACAAAUUCAAAAAGUUCUAGGUAAGUCUAAUAAAGACUCUCAAAAGUCCUAGGUUUACUGUAUUUCACCUUGGGAUUUCUCCCAUGUGUUUUGAGCAUGAAGUACCACUUUUCCUCUUAAUUGUUAAUGUCUUCUUGUUAAGAACGUCUUCAAAAACUGGAGUCUCAUGGAACCCCCAUGUGGUCAACUUUAGAGUGAUACCCCAUUAAAAUGUUCGUAACCCAAUACUUUCAGUAAGAGUAUAGUUAUUAUUAGAAUAACUGGUCAGACCAGGAUAGCAUAUUUACCAGGUUUUUCCCAAGUGAAUUGGCAACUUCCUGCAUAAAUUAAUGUACUAAAGGAUUUAUAAAAGAUUGAAUGGGCAUCUAAUUUCCCAUUUUCUCACUAUUAAUGCAAACCAGAGGGACCUGCAAAGCUCUGUCAUUCCACUGACCAUAGCUCUGGGGCUUUCAUGUCCAGUUUUACAAAAGGAUUGCAUGAGUUUUUCUUUAUGGUCAUUUCUCUGUUAGAACAAACAAGACUGUUAUAAAAAAAUAACUGCUCAGACCAGUUUUCUGACUUACUCAUCCCUUUAGACACUUCUGUUUCUGAGUUCCUGCUUUAUGUAUCCUAUGAAGAAACACACUAUUUGGCCCAACAUUUUAUUCUUAGUUGACCAGUAGCCUGUGUGUUAUUAAGCAUUUUCAAAGUACUUACUCUUUCUAGUAUUAAAUAUAAGAAAAUCCCCUGGCCAAAGCCCUAAUACUCUAAAUUGAUUCAUGGACCCAAAUGUUGGUAAAUAAGAUAACUCACACAAACAAUAUGGGUUUGCUAUGAUGGUAAGCAAUCUCUACUUUGCAGAAAUCCUUGUAUUAUUUUCUUUUUCAGCCUGUUUUCAUUUCCGUAGCAUUUAUAAUCAUGUGCUUUUCAAGUAUUUUCAAAUUCUGAAAAUACAAUCCAGAAAUUGUGAAGCCUCAAAUGCUCAUAAGGACAUUUAUUAAAACUCUGGGUUUGUUCAGCUUUCUCAGAAAUUUUGCUUAUCAACAACAGUUCUCUUAUAGUACAAAUGUAUUCAGAAUUUGUUCUCCUCUCGUUCUGUCAGAGAACUUGCUCUCAGUUCAUACAGGAGUUCAAAGGUCACAAUCUUCUGUGACUCUUUCUUUUUUAAAAAAAAAUAUUAUUUAAAUCUCAUCUCCACUGAAUCCUGACUUACAUCACUUCCCGUUCCUCCAACAGAUAUCUUUCUGGAUUAGAGGCACAAAAGAGAGGCUGUGAUCCUGGGGAAGGAAAAUUGCACAGAGCUCCGUGUAAAUUAACUUUUACUUACAGGGUCUCCCUUCAUCUCUCUGUCAAAGCAUUUCUUUUAUCUUCAGGGGCUGUGCACAGAACUGUGAAACAACACAGAAUGUGUCUUGAGGCUCUAUAAAAGAGAAAAAAUAGAUCAUUUUCAACUGAGAAGACUCAGACCUGACAGAAAAGACAUCAAGAAUUUAAAGGAAGGCUGGAGGGAGACACGGGGAUCUAUUUAAAUUCUAUUUCCUUUAUUGCUCAUUUUUAUCACCCUCUCCAGCUGAAGAAGAAUCAGUGACUUGUUUCUUUUUUUAACCUUCCUUUGCUUCUCCCCUUCAUCCCUUGUCUGAGUCCCUGCUGUCUGUAGCUCACGUGGGAUUCCAAAUAGAUUCUGUGGGAUAUGGACCAGUUUAAAACCAAAACCAAAACAGCAACAAUAGACCUUUGGGACCAAAGUCAUUCAUUCUACUUGGUAGUUAGGGUAAAGAGGUAUCAUUUUUAUCACUGAAACGAACAUUUCCUAGUACAAUAACACAUCAUAUGCCCGGUUAUUUCCAUUGACUUUCCUCUAUUCGGUCCCAUUGGUCGAGUACCCUUGACAUUUUCUGAUGAAUUUUUGGAGUUAUUCUGCCUUUAUAGAAAAGGUUGGGAAAUAAAAUACCAUUUGACAUCUGCUUUUUUUAAUUUGUCUAGGUGGAAGAAAGUGUUUUUUGGAACAUGAGAAUCACUUGGUUUGAAUUCCUUUCCCUUUCUACUCUCAAAAUCCAUUCCCAUGUUAGCCUCUUCACAUGUGACCCAGCAAAACUAUGAUUAUUGGGGAAAGAAUGCUUCCCAACACAAGCCAAGGAAAAGAGAGAUGAGAGCUUCCUUGCUGUGGUCUUGGCUAAACUGGGGCCUGGGUCCUAAAUCUAUUCCUAAAAGGUUAGCUAAGAAACUUUGCCAUAAGUCAACAAUUAAUGGCAGGUUUUCUAACAUGAAAUUGGCUUGUCCAUUUAAAAAAUAGUAAAUGUAGCUAUGCAUUUCCUCCAGAGUGGGCAGGGAUCUGGAGGAUCCUAAUCUACAGUCAGCUUCUCAACAGAUGGCCAUGAUGAAGGCCUGGUGACAGAAACAACCAAUACACCAAGAUGUGCUUGUGAUGUGUGCAAAAAGGCUUAAAGCAUAAGGUGGGCAGAUGCUUCUCGUUCCAAAUAUAGGAAUCUGAACAAGAUAAGUUCAUGUGAGUGCCAGACUGCUGUCCUUCAAUUUGCUUCACUAUCUUUUCCCCCUCGCCCCAAGCUUCCUGCAAGACAUCCUGAGUAGAAAGAAGGAAAGAGCAGGAUGUGCAGCAGAUUCCUCCUAGUGUUAGGAAAUAGAUCAUAAACGCCCCCUAGGUCAGUACAGGAAGCUUCAGCCAGUAUUGAGUCCUAUGCAUACUGUAUUUUACCCUGUGCACAGCUCACUAUUGGCAAGAUUUAAUUUAUAAAUUAGGUGCAGUAGGAGCUUAACAGCACUAAUAAUAAGCUAGAAAAACAAAUAUAUUUUAAUUUCCAGUUGGAAAUUGGCCACUGGUAGGAAAUCCACAGGCAGAGGAAGGCCUGGGCAAUCUCCUAUAUUCCUGUCUCUUUUGCAGAGGCCACAAUGGAAAUGAUUGUUCCUUCUCCACUUCCCUGUUCCUCACUGCCACUUACAAGCAGCUGUCAUGCCUCAUCAAUGAAGGCUCUCUCCAGAGAGAAGUCUUCUUUCAUUAGAGCUCAGAAAUCCUUGUGUAAUUGAUAAAUUGGAAAUUGCCUCAAAAGGAAAAAGAGGGAAGGAACAGGAAGCCUCCAGUCUUUCUCAGACAACACUUUAGAAGUUAAGGCUUCUCAUUCACAUAAUCAUAAUCUGACAGCAAUCUAGAGGUUGAAUUACUCUUUUUUCUCUCUCUCUUUCUCCUAGAAGCAGGUAGGCUAAUGUAAAGCCAACUUUAAACAGAAAAAUUUAUUUAUAGCCUUAGCAGAAAGAAACGAGCUGGUAUAAUCAAGAGAACACUUACCAUUUUUAAGAAAGGCUCUACCUGUAAUAUACUAAAAAGCUUUAGAAAAGGAACAAAACUGUGCCUGUGUUCUUUAAAUCAGUUAACUAUAUUUCAAUUUCAAUACUGUUCAGAAGGUAACUGCCCAUGCUGAAACUGGAUCUAAGAAUUUUGUUCCUGAUCUAGAAGGGCACAAGGGAGUAGACACUGGCUGCAUGCUAGCUCCCUUGCGCGGCACACCUCCCAUUCUAAAUUGCUUUACAACCUUAUUCUACACUGCAAAGUAAUUGACAGAAUCUACAAGCCGUGUGAUCAAGAAAUAACAAUGAAAUGGCAGAUUUAACAUAGAGUCAUGAAUUUUUUUCCCAUUCCUUCCCGCAGUAUGUGCAGCCACACCCUCACCUGUGUACAUAUCCAUGUGAUAAGACAAGUGAAACUGAGUCAUGGGCAAAAUGCAGACUGUGUUAUGGAUAUUUGAAAGGAAACAUCCUCUUUUCUUCCCUGGCUAUAAAAUCAAGUACAUUGUGCCUAGCUGGACCAAUUUGUGCACAACAUACUUGUCUUUACAUGUUGUAGAGUAUGGAAGUCCCACAUCAUAAUCAAUGGCAAAGCUAUUGUUUAUAUAUACAUAUAUAAAUAUGUGGAGUGGAUGGCUUGUGGU